AUGGGUUUUAAAUUACCUAUAAUUGAUAUUUCAUCAUUUGUAAAUAAAGAAUCACAAGAAUCAGAUAGAUUGUUGGUAGUUCAACAGAUUAGAGAUGCAUGUUUAGUUCACGGCUUCUUUUAUUUGGUGGGUCAUGGUGUACAGCAAGAAUUGAUAGAUAGGCUAGACAGUCUCUCGAGAUUGUUUUUCCAGUUGGACGAAGAGACUAAACAGAAAUAUAGAAUGGAACUCGGAGGUAAAGCUUGGCGUGGUUUCUUUUCGUUGGGUGGUGAGCUCACAAGCGGUAAACCCGAUAUGAAAGAGGGUCUCUAUUUAGGACAAGAGUUGGAACAGGAUCACCCACUACCCAUUCACGGACCAAACUUGUUCCCAACUGAGGUCGAGGGUUUCAAAGCGACCAUACUUGAAUAUAUCGAUCAAAUAACACAACUCGGUCACCGCGUAAUGGAGGCACUCUCCCUCAGUCUCAAUUUGGAUAGCCAGUACUUUAGCAAGAAUUACACUGCCGAUCCACUCAUUCUCUUUAGAAUCUUCAACUAUAGAACACAGGUAGCUGACGAUGCCAGUGAGCGUUGGGGUGUUGGAGAACACACCGACUACGGACUUCUCACCAUCCUCUAUCAAGACAACAUCGGUGGACUACAAGUGAAAGUUCCAAAUCAAGGUUGGAUACCAGCUCCACCAAUUAAAAAUUCUUUCAUUUGUAAUAUUGGAGAUAUGUUGGAAAGAGUUACAGGUGGUUUAUAUAGAUCGACACCACAUCGUGUGGCAUUAAAUACAACCGGUAAAGAUCGUCUGUCUUUCCCAAUCUUUUUCGAUCCAAACUUCAACGCAAAGGUACGUCCAAUCGAAGGAAUAGAGACAAGCGACAACAGUACAGAGCGUUGGGACAAAUCGAGUGUAUUUUCAUUUGAGGAUACCUAUGGCCAGUAUCUUUUGAAAAAGAUUGGUUUGGUAUUCCCUGACCUCAAAUCACAAGCAUUGGAUACAACAAAUAAUCCAAUAAAACCAACCGCAUAUUAA